AUGUGUGACGUCAUUUGUGACGUCAUGUGUGACGUCAUGUGUCACGUCAUGUGUCACGUCAAGUGUGACGUCAUGUGUGACGUCAUGUGUGACAUCAUGUGUGACGUCAUGUGUGACAUCAUGUGUGACGUCAUGUGUCACGUCAUGUGUCACUUCAUGUGUGACGUCAUGUGUGACAUCAUGUGUGACGUCAUGUGUCACGUCAUGUGUGACGUCAUGUGUGACAUCAUGUGUGACGUCAUGUGUCACGUCAUGUGUCACUUCAUGUGUGACGUCAUGUGUAACAUCAUGUGUGACGUCAUGUGUCACGUCAUGUGUGACAUCAUGUGUGACAUCAUGUGUCACGUCAUGUGUGACGUCAUGUGUGACAUCAUGUGUGACGUCAUGUGUCACGUCAUGUGUCACGUCAUGUGUCACGUCAUGUGUGACGUCAUGUGUGACAUCAUGUGUGACGUCAUGUGUGACGUCAUGUGUCACGUCAUGUGUGACGUCAUGUGUGACAUCAUGUGUCACGUCAUGUGUGACGUCAUGUGUGACGUCAUGUGUGACAUCAUGUGUGACGUCAUGUGUGACAUCAUGUGUGACGUCAUGUGUCACGUCAUGUGUGACGUCAUGUGUGACGUCAUGUGUGACAUCAUGUGUGACGUCAUGUGUGACAUCAUGUGUGACGUCAUGUGUCACGUCAUGUGUGACGUCAUGUGUGACGUCAUGUGUAACAUCAUGUGUGACGUCAUGUGUCACGUCAUGUGUGACAUCAUGUGUGACAUCAUGUGUCACGUCAUGUGUGACGUCAUGUGUGACAUCAUGUGUGACGUCAUGUGUCACGUCAUGUGUCACGUCAUGUGUCACGUCAUGUGUGACGUCAUGUGUGACAUCAUGUGUGACGUCAUGUGUGACGUCAUGUGUCACGUCAUGUGUGACGUCAUGUGUGACAUCAUGUGUCACGUCAUGUGUGACGUCAUGUGUGACGUCAUGUGUGACAUCAUGUGUGACGUCAUGUGUGACAUCAUGUGUGACGUCAUGUGUCACGUCAAGUGUGACGUCAUGUGUGACGUCAUGUGUGACGUCAUGUGUGACGUCAUGUGUGACGUCAUGUGUGACAUCAUGUGUGACGUCAUGUGUCACGUCAUGUGUCACGUCAUGUGUCACUUCAUGUGUGACAUCAUGUGUGACAUCAUGUGUGACGUCAUGUGUCACGUCAUGUGUGACGUCAUGUGUGACAUCAUGUGUGACGUCAUGUGUCACGUCAUGUGUCACGUCAUGUGUGACAUCAUGUGUGACGUCAUGUGUCACGUCAUGUGUGACGUCAUGUGUGACAUCAUGUGUGACGUCAUGUGUCACGUCAUGUGUCACGUCAUGUGUGACAUCAUGUGUGACAUCAUGUGUCACGUCAUGUGUGACGUCAUGUGUGACAUCAUGUGUGACGUUAUGUGUCACGUCAUGUGUCACGUCAUGUGUCACGUCAUGUGUGACAUCAUGUGUGACAUCAUGUGUGACGUCAUGUGUCACGUCAUGUGUGACGUCAUGUGUGACAUCAUGUGUCACGUCAUGUGUCACGUCAUGUGUGACGUCAUGUGUGACAUCAUGUGUCACGUCAUGUGUGACGUCAUACCUCCUGCAGUCCCUGCGUGCUCAGACCUCCAGCAGUCCCUGUGCUCAGACCUCCUGCGGUACCUGUGCUCAGACCUCCAGCAGUCCCUGUGCUCAGACCUCCAGCAGUCCCUGUGCUCAGACCUCCUGCAGUCCCUGCGUGCUCAGACCUCCUGCAGUCCCUGUGCUCAGACCUCCUGCAGUCCCUGCGUGCUCAGACCUCCUGCAGUCCCUGUGCUCAGACCUCCUGCGGUACCUGUGCUCAGACCUCCAGCAGUCCCUGUGCUCAGACCUCCUGCGGUACCUGUGCUCAGACCUCCAGCAGUCCCUGUGCUCAGACCUCCAGCAGUCCCUGUGCUCAGACCUCCUGCAGUCCCUGCGUGCUCAGACCUCCUGCAGUCCCUGUGCUCAGACCUCCUGCAGUACCUGUGCUCAGACCUCCAGCAGUCCCUGUGCUCAGACCUCCUGCAGUCCCUGUGCUCAGACCUCCAGCAGUCCCUGUGCUCAGACCUCCUGCAGUCCCUGUGCUCAGAUCUCCUGCAGUCCCUGUGCUCAGACCUCCUGCAGUCCCUGUGCUCAGACCUCCUGCAGUACCUGUGCUCAGACCUCCAGCAGUCCCUGUGCUCAGACCUCCUGCAGUACCUGUGCUCAGACCUCCAGCAGUCCCUGUGCUCAGACCUCCUGCGGUACCUGUGCUCAGACCUCCAGCAGUCCCUGUGCUCAGACCUCCAGCAGUCCCUGUGCUCAGACCUCCUGCGGUACCUGUGCUCAGACCUCCAGCAGUCCCUGUGCUCAGACCUCCAGCAGUCCCUGUGCUCAGACCUCCUGCAGUCCCUGCGUGCUCAGACCUCCUGCAGUCCCUGUGCUCAGACCUCCUGCAGUCCCUGCGUGCUCAGACCUCCUGCAGUCCCUGUGCUCAGACCUCCUGCAGUACCUGUGCUCAGACCUCCAGCAGUCCCUGUGCUCAGACCUCCUGCAGUCCCUGUGCUCAGACCUCCUGCAGUCCCUGUGCUCAGACCUCCUGCAUCGGACAGUCUGAGGAUCUGCUGCAGUCGGACAGACGGAGGAUCUGCUGCAGUCGGACAGACGGAGGAUCUGCUGCAGUCUGACAGUCUGAGGAUCUGCUGCAGUCUGACAGACGGAGGAUCUGCUGCAGUCGGACAGACGGAGGAUCUGCUGCAGUCUGACAGUCUGAGGAUCUGCUGCAGUCGGACAGACGGAGGAUCUGCUGCAGUCGGACAGACGGAGGAUCUGCUGCAGUCGGACAGACGGAGGAUCUGCUGCAGUCGGACAGACGGAGGAUCUGCUGCAGUCGGACAGACGGAGGAUCUGCUGCAGUCGGACAGACGGAGGAUCUGCUGCAGUCGGACAGACGGAGGAUCUGCUGCAGUCGGACAGACGGAGGAUCUGCUGCAGUCGGACAGACGGAGGAUCUGCUGCAGUCGGACAGACGGAGGAUCUGCUGCAGUCUGA